AAUGAAAAAGUAGUAAGAAGAAGAAAAUUUAUAAUAUUGCUUAAAGUGAAAAAAUUAAUUGAAUAAAUCAUGCAAAGAUCGUUUUAAAAUGGAAGGAAAGGAAACUAGUGCACCUGAUCCCACGGAUGUGGCGACAGUAGGAAAUGACAAAAAUUUGCAACAGCUUGUCGAUAAUCUACAAGAGGAGAAAAGGAAAAUACAAAAUGAAUUUAACGCACAAAGAGCGAAAAUGAAGGAACUCUAUUUACAGAAGGAGACGGAACUCAAUAAAUGCCAUGGGGAUCGUAAAAAAUUGCAACGGGAACUGGACGAGAUGAAGUCUCAAUUCGUGGUCGCGGAUUUAAAGUCGGAAAAUGAGUUACGUUUAAAAGAGCUUAAGGCGCAGGAAGAAAUUUCGUCAUUGCAGCAACUGGUGCAAGAUACAAUUGAAGAGUCGACAAUUUUAAAGGCUGAGUUAGAGCGCAUGAAAGAAGAAAAUAACAAGCUUUGGCAGGAAAAUCGUGAGUUCCGCGAUCAUGUACAGCAACAACCUAUAGAAUCUACUAGUUUGGCACCUCAACAAAUGCUAAGUCACGUAAAAAAGACUUUAAGAAAACUGGGCGGCGACUCGACGGGUAGUGUAAUAGCAAACAAUUUUAGUCAGCCGGAGAGUAUUGAUGAAAAUAGCAAGUCUAAAAGUGGUAAAAAAGACUACGCGCAAGAAGAUGCCGAAGUUUUACGUUCAAUUGUGGUGCAGUURCAAGAGGAAAUGGAAGCAUUGAAGGAAAAACUACGUGAAACAGAUGACAAAUUAAGAAAUCAAGAAAGCAGCGCAUUAACUAAUGCUAUAKCGCAUGAAAAUGGAACGCGAAAUGAUGAUAUAUCUAUUAACAAAUCCACUUCCAUAGAUAUCAACACUAUAUCCUGUGAUGCCUGCUUGCAAUUCGAAAAACAACUUCAAGAAUCGCUGGCGAAAAGCGCUGAAGAUCAAAAUACAAUCAAUGCUAUGCAAAAAGCAAUUGCAGCCUCCCGUGAAGACUUACAAAAGGAAGCAGCUUUGCGUAAAGACUUGGAAGAUCAAUGGCAAGAGCGACGUGAAGCUCACAAAACAGAAGUACAAAAAUUGCGUGAGCAGGUAAAAUCAAACGAAGAGCAAUUGCUAGAGUUGCAGCAAAAGUUCCUCGACACUAAGGAAGAAGUCAUGAGACAGCUGCAACGGGUCAGAGACGAACGCGAGCGCGUCAACAAACAACUGGAAACCUUGCAGGCAGAUAACGACUUUCUUUCCGGUCGUUAUUUAGCAUCUUCUGAAGAAAUCGAGAGCCAAGAGAUUAAUUUGCCCAACACAGUUGAGGAGUUACAAGAAUUAAUAUUGCAACAGCAAAAUGAUCUUAUACAAGCGCGAGUUAGCAGUGAAUUUGAACGGAAAAAAUGUGUAACCUCGCUGGAUGAAAUACAAAUUUUGCGCGAUCAAUUGGAAAAAAGUAAUAAUGAGCGUUUGGCAUACAAGAAGAAGAUGCAAACCGACAACAAAUCGUGGCAAUGUCCUUGGAAAAGCUGCGCAAAUCUGAUACGGAAGUGCGCUGGCAAGAAGAUGAAGACGUCGAUAAUUGUCCCACAUGCAGCACCUAUUUUACAGUGACUGUGCGUAAAAUUCAUUGUCGCCAUUGUGGACACAUCUACUGUGAAAAAUGUCUGACGAAGACAGUGCCGUCGGGCCCGCGCAAAAAAAUCGUACGUGUCUGUGAUAUUUGCCAUACACUGUUAAAACCAAAUACGGCGCCCUACUUUAGUCAAGAACCGCUACCCGCUAACUGAGCAACUACAUACUAAUUCGCUUUUAUUUACCUUUAAGAACUUGUACUACAUUCUUACAUACCUAUGUAUAUUGAAAAUCAUUUAGAUAGUCUGACAGUUUGUUGUCUCGAAAAAACAAAAAAACAAAUUUCCUUUUAGGGGCUAAAAUUUAGAAAAAUAAUGAUAUUUUUGUAAAAAAAAAAAUCGAUAUAUUGAGAAUAUUAUSUGUUCAUGUUGGUUGAUGCUCCUGUGCAUACUUUGAUAUCAGCUGAUAGUUAUGUGUAUGUAUGUUUGUUGAAUUUGAAAGAAAAGAAAGCAAUCAUAUCCAGUCAUAGCACCGCUCAUAAAAUGAAGAUUUGAAUAUGUAAAAUUGUGUUUUCUAUAUUUGCUUCUUGCAAAAGGUACAUCAAGUGUGCUAGCUAAUGAACUAUUGCCAACAAUAUACAUAAAUUUAUUUUAUUAAAAGCAAAGCAAAAAGGAUCAAUAUAAUUAUAAUUAUAAAUAAAAUAAAAUAAAAUGUGUAAGAGCGUAAUUAGUGUAAUGUGCAAGUUGAAAUAAAACUUAAAAUAAAUUUAGAUUCUAUA